AUGUGGCCGAGUGUUUGGUAUUAAUUUGUCGGAAUUGUCGAUGAGUUAGUAGUGUCUGUUCGGUAUUGAUAAGAUAAUCAUCAACGUGUUUCUUUCACAUGUUCUCUACAAAAAGAUAAUUUUCCGCUUUGUGUGAACGGUGAAAAUGCUAAUUCGAUUUCUUGACUGAGCUUAAUAAUACGGAGACAAACACAUCAUGUGGAAGCCAUGCACACCAAAUAAACAAACAAACAAAUAACAAACAAGACAAAGACACAAUUUAAACGCAAAUAUUUUGAGUUUUUAAAAAUUCAAAUUUUGUUAAUCGACUCGGGAUCGAUACAUUAUUGUUAUAGAGAGAUGUGUGUUUCAUUAAAUAUUAUAUAGCGCGGUUUGUGUAUAAUACAGUGUUGAUGAGACCGCAGUUAGUUAUCGCGUGAAGGUAUUCCAAUGAAGACGCACAUAUAAUCGUAACUGAAUUGAGUAUAACAAAUGUUUCAGAAGAAGAAAACAAAAUAAUUUUUUCUUCGAAAAAUUGGAAUACUGUGGAAAUUCAUUUGGGUUGAAUAAUGAACAGUUUUCGGAAUGCUGUGUGGUUGAUUAUGCAGUGCACUAAAUUCCAUUUGGUUGAUACAAUAUCUUAAAAGCGGUGACGAAAUAUUGAACGCGAUCUUACGCGCUGUAUUUAAAAGCUUGAUUUGUUGGUGUUUUUAAUUUUCCACGAUCGAGUGUCGACGAGAUAUAUAUUCAAUAUUGUUAUUAUUGAAAUUGACGGGCUGUGUUUCAAUAUUUAUAAGCUCUGCGCCGAAUAAUUUGUUUAUUUUGUGUUGAUAAUAAAAUUACAUUCCAAUUUUUGUGUAUAGAUGCGAUGAUGAUAAUAUUAUGAGUGUGGAAGUGAAAUUGAUAAUAAUUUGGAUACACAAGUGGUCGUGAAACCGGCUAUUCUUGAAAUUGUUGAGAUUUUCGAUUUGUUAAUUAAGAAAACGAAACAAAAAAAAUUUCUUCAAUUUUUAUGCGAACAAAAAGACAUGGAAACGAAAAUAGAAUACGAAAUUUCGACUGAUUUAGAUUUAGAAAAUUUACCAAGCAACUAUACCCUAUUCGUGCACGAAUUGCAACGCAUUGCAUUCGGACGGGAAAAAUCAAACUAUCAGCAUGGCAUGUCACCCGAUGAAUAUGAGCGUUUCGUCAAUGAUAUGUGGAUUGGAAUCGUUUUAACCAUGCUGAUGGUUAUCAUUGUCUUCUCGUUGUGCACCUGGUACAUGUAUCAUAAGUUUCAGCAGUGGAAGAGACAUCAUGACGCACGAUUAAGAAUGCCAAAUAGCACACCUGGUGGACUUGGUAGCGACAUAGAAUGUUUACCAAAUUACACAUUGGUUUCGGGACUACCCACCUACGAUGAUGCACUGGAACAAAUACGCUUACGAAGCACCAACCACCUGUUAAUCAAUCAUCAAACAAUUAUGAAAAUGUUCGGUUCCAUUAAAGAUAAGCCCAAGAAACAAAAACCAGAUAUACCAGUGCCAACAUAUGAAGAUUCAAUCAGAUCACAACCACACAGUACGACUGACGGUUCUGCCGAUUUGAAUUUCAGCCAAAGUUCAUUGUUAUCGAAUACGAAUGCAGCGAGUCAUCGGUUUAAAUGCUCAAUUGUUGUCGAUCCACCCGAACAAAGUGACCAAAUGAAUGGAGAACAGUCAUCCAAUCACAAUCCAGUAUUUAUAAGUAAUAGUUUAGGAAGCCUUAAUAUUAGCAAAGAAAUAGAAAAGUCAAGACCGGAAAUCAAAUGGUCUCCACAUUCACAUCGAUCUUCAUCGUUGUGUAUUGGCCUGGAAAAUUUUGCUUUUCAGGGCCAUCAACGCCAUCUGGAACACAGAGGUUCAUUGUGUUAAAGUUUAUGUGUCGGGGUUUCAACUAUUUUUAUUUGUUAUAUAGACGAUGUGUGGCUCGAAUUGUAUUUUUUUACCGAUUAAAGUUCAAUGACAACUUAAAAACAAACUU